AUGGGCCAAUACAUCUCUAGUUUGAGGAGCCAUAUCCGAGCUUCGGACAGUCGAACUCGGAAUGCAAAGGCUCUCGAGCAUAAGCCCAAUAGCCUUGCAGAUCCUCCGGGGUCCGACUGCGAUAGUGGCAAGCCCAAACAAGGUCUAGCAGCCAUACUUCGACCUAUAAUCACUUCAUUUGUCUCCGACAUUGGCUGCAUUGACCCUUCGCCAGAACCAAGUGAGGCUCUAUGGGUUGCCACGCGAGCCUACGCCGAUCAGCUGGGGGUAAACUAUGACAAAGGCACUCACUCUUGGGAAUGCUUCCAGAUGGGAAUUACCUAUUCAGCUGUUAGUUUGACGUCGGCCACUCGUAGCGAUGCGGCAUUGCCCGUUAAUGCUGACGUACUUCAGGUCUGCUUCCCACAGCACUCACUGGAGGUCCAAGUCUACAUCGGCACGUAUACAUGGCUUGGGAUACUCCUCGACGAUGGAACCUCAAAAUCACCAGACGAUUGCUCAAAGUUUAUCGAACGUUUUGCGGCAGGUCAGAAGCAACCGACACCCCUCCUCGAGGGAUGGGCGGAACUCAUGCGUCUGGCAUUCAAGUACUGGGACCCGGUUGUGGCCAACUUCAUCGUCACGGCUUCACUCAACUUUGUCAAUGUAAAUGUCCUCGAGGGCAGGCAUGAGUUCAAAAAGCUCAAGCCGACACCGGGCGGCAAGAAGUGGCCCUGGUUUAUGCGUGAUAAGGAUGGCGUUUCCGACGCGUACGCCCUUUUCACGUUCCCCAAGGAUCGGUAUCAAGACAUGUCGAACUAUCUAGAGAUGAUUCCUGAUAUGUCUUCCUACCUCGCAUUGACUAAUGACAUUCUGUCGUAA